AUACUGAAGAAGCUGCAUAAGCAAGCCCUGGCUUCUCUACAAGUGCAGCCCCGUCUGUUUUAAACAUUUAGCUCAGCAACUGAGCACACGCAUACUGUCCUAGCACUGCUGGCAAACCUCACGCGGCCUGGGAAAGGGUGGAAAUAUCUGGCCUCGCAAAACUCCCUGCAAACCACUGACUUCCGUCAUGAGACUACGGCUCUUACUCGCAGUCUCAUUUUUCUGCUGCCUAAGCUAUGGCAAUACCAAAGAUCAGAGUGUUGGUCGUCCCCUGGCUCAAGGCAGAAGGAAAGGGAGGAGAACGGAGCACCGAGGCAGGGUGCCAAUAAAUGGUGGAUAUAAUGGAGCAUCAGUGUUUAUUGAGUCUUACAAAGCCAUCCAGGAGCCUAAACCUAACUACAAUGUUAUUCCAGGGAAUAUAGGACAUUGUGUAUUUCAGGGUAUUACCAUGUUUGAUAAAACCGUGUGGUCACCAAAGCCCUGUGUCACCUGCUUAUGCUCCAGAGGGGAGGUGGUAUGUGAUGAAACACAGUGCCCUGUUCUACAUUGCCAAAUCAAAUUUCAACCUGUUGGAGAGUGUUGCCGAAUUUGCAUUGACUCAGUUCAUGAUGUCUCUGAAAUCUCUGGCGACUCCCCUGUUCCUGAUGAUCCAAGUGUCCCUGAUGCUGGUAUUCCGCACCUCCCUGCACAGACUGGCGAGAGACGACAGACAGGGAAAUACAAGAACGCUGAACGCAAGAGGAGAAAGAAGCAGAACAAAGAGAAGGAAAGACAGAGGAAACAGCUGGAGGAGCAAGAGCGGUACAAAGACAAGGAACUGAGGAGGCUACAAGAGGAAGCAGAGGAGAGGGCCGCUGCAGAGGAGAAGAGGAAGAGGACAGAGGAACACUGGAGAGCCGAGGAAGAGCGGCUGCAGAGACUGGAGAUUGAACAGAGAGAGAUGCUCAAAGCUCUUGAGGAGGCAGCUGCAAAAGCCCAGCAGAGACUGAGGGCAGUGGAUCAUGAUGAGGAAGAGGAAAGAGAGCAGGUGGUAUGGUUGAGAGGUGAUGUUUUCCAAAUGCAACCACAAGCGUCUGCCCCUGCAGACAUACCACCACUGCCGACCCCGCCUGGGCCCAGUCAGGCUACUGAGGAGGAGGAGGAGGAGGAGGAGGAGGAAGGCAGAGAGUCUGAGAGGAUUAGCUACACCCUGCCUCAAGGGUGCACAAUCUCUGAUGUCAUUGUCUCCUGUGAGAAUGCCAAACUUACUAGCAUUCCUCCUCUUUCCAUUCCUGAGCUCAAGUCCCUCAAUUUAAAGGGAAAUGCAAUCACUACUAUUCCAGCUGGAGCAUUUAAUGGCAUACUCAAUCUGGAGUGGGUAGAUUUAGGAAAAAAUAAGAUCUCUUCAUCUGGAAUUGACCCACAAGCAUUCAAAAACCUUAAAUUCUUAACCCGAAUGUACAUGGAUGGAAAUUUGCUAGAAGAGAUUCCCCAAGGGAUUCCAGGUACCCUACUAGAAUUAAAGAUCAAUGAAAACAACAUUCAUGAAAUUGAAGAAAACAGCUUUGAAGGUCUCAACAGUCUUGUUACCUUGGAAAUGGAGGGAAACCUACUCAGUGAAGGAAAUGUAAACCCCAAAGCCUUCAUACCACUGAACCAGCUCACCUAUUUGCGGCUGGGCAGAAACCACUUCCGCAUGAUUCCUCAAGGUCUACCACCAUCUCUGCAGGAGUUACACCUUGAAAAUAAUUUAAUUGAGGAAAUAUCUGAGGGAGCUUUGAAUCAAAGCACCAACAUCAAUGUGAUUGUGCUGCGUCACAAUAAAAUUGAUGAAUCGCGGAUUGCACCCUUAGCUUGGCUCAAUCAUAGGACCCUGGAAUCAAUAGAUCUUUCAUACAACAAACUCCAUUUGGUUCCAUCCUUCCUGCCAAAGUCCUUGGUUCACCUGGUGUUGGUUGGCAAUCAGAUUGAACGUAUUCCAGGAUAUGUAUUUGCACAUAUGGAGCCUGGUCUUGAGUAUCUAUACCUGUCCUACAACAAGCUGGAUGGUGACGGUGUCGAACCAGAGUCCUUCUUUGGAACAUUUCUAACUAUGACAGAGCUAUGCCUGGACCACAACCAACUGACUAGUGUUCCCACUGGUAUCAAUGAAAUGACAUCAUUGCAUUUUCUCCGACUAAACAACAACAACAUAAGGCACAUUGGAGAAGACAAUAUCUGUGACCCCUUGAAUGAUGAAGAUUUACACCUAGUAGCCCUGCGCCUUGAAAACAAUCUCAUUGACCCUCAGAAAAUUCCUCCAACUGCCUUCUCUUGUGUUAGGUCCUAUUCCAGCAUAAUUUUGAAGCCUCAAAGAUUUAAAAAAUGAGUCUAUUUUCAGGUUCUCUAAUCUUGUGAAAUAACAUUCCAUGUGCAAUUGUGUAUGUGAAAAUCAUUAUACCAGUUAGGCUCAAGAAAAUGCUUCAGGAUAAUAAUGUAAUAGACAUUUCUCAUUUUUUAUCUGUAUGCAUAAAUAUUUUAGAUUGGGAUCACUGCUAAACAAAGUAUUACAAAGAAUACUCCAUUUAUUAGCCCAGAGGUACUUGCUAGUUUAAUCUAAAGAUGCAUGUGGUUAUUUGUACCGUGUUUCUAUAUAUUUCUAAAGGAAUAUAUUUAACUUUUCAAUGCAUCUGUGAGGGAAAAACUGUAUAUCCAAGACUUUAGUGAAUGUUGGGAUAGGUUUUGUUAACAUCAGUAUUCUUUUUUUAAGGUGUAUGUGUCUUAUUUUAACUAUUUCAAAAGCAAAGGCAAAAAUGUUGAGGAUUACAGAUUUUAUCAUCUUUGAUAAUUUAAUGAUUUAUAUUCAUUUACCUUACUGUACCAUUCUACUAAGAACACACCAACAGAUGGUUACUACUGACUGAAAGAGAUGUGUCAAUAGGUUCAUAUAGUUUAACAUUCAUAAAACAGGGGCUCCAGACUAGAAAUGCAAAUUUUUAAAUACAUUUAACAGCAAAUGUUUGAUUUGAACAUAGACAGUCACUGAAUUUCAGACUGGCCACUUUACUUGGCUGGCUCAGAACCAGAUAGAAUAUCUGUAUUUAAUAAAAACAAAACUGUAAAAUGAUGCAUCUUUCA